AUGGAUCUGUUUGCUCGCAUGUUCGUAGGUGACCCUCCGGGUGAGGCCUCUCUGACGUUCACGCUGGACUCGGGCGCAUCUCAGUGCUUCUUCCGCGACCACACGACCCUUACCCCACUCCUCACACCUGUGUCGGUGGCUCUGGCUGAUCCUACCUCUGGACCAGCCGUUGCGCGCAGCUCCACCACCCUCCCCUGCCCUGUGGUCCCCUCUGGUGUCCUGCGUGGCCUCCACAUCCCCUCGUUCACUCGGAACUUGGUGGGUGUUGGAUACCUCCAGGAAAGGGGGAUCACGGUUACCUUCGUGGGGGGUGGGCGGACUGCAGUCUGUACAGACGCUACCACAGGUGCUGUUCUGGCCACGUUCACCCAGGAGCCCCGCUCCGGUCUCUACGUCCUCCACACCGAGCGCUCCCCGGUCGCGUCCUCCCCUCAGGUCGUUGCGUCCCCUCCGGCCCAGGUCCCCAGUCCAGUUGCUGUGUCUAGCCAGGUAGUAGUGUCCGGUCCGGUCGCUGUGUCCAGCCCCGUCGCUGCGUCGUGCUCCUGUCGCUCUCUCACCCACCGCACCGUCCUGUGGCACCACCGCCUUGGCCACCCGUCGCUCCCUCGCCUACGUGGCAUGCUCAGUCAUGGACUUGUCUCAGGUCUCCCACGCACCUUCCCGUCGCUCCCUCUCUCGCCUGCCCCUCCUUGCUCUCCGUGCGUCGCCGGUCGCUUACGCGCCACUCCCCACUCCUCCUCCCUUCGUCCGGCCACCGCUCCCUUCGAGACUCUCCACCUGGACGUCUGGGGCCCUGCCCCGACACAGGGGUCCCGGAGGGAGCGCUACUUUCUGGUGGUCGUCGACGACUUCUCCAGGUACACCACAGUGUUCCCUCUUGCAAAGAAGUCCGAGGUGACUGCUACGCUGAUCAGGUGGCUUUUGGCCACUGAGGGCACUCGUGGUCGUCGAGUCAGUUGUCUCCACUCCGACCGAGGGGGCGAGUUUCGCUCCGGCAUUCUUGCUGGAUUCUGCGGCGAACAGGGCAUCACCCAGUCGUGGACGCUGCCAGAGUCCCCACAGAAAAAUGGGGUUGCUGAGCGCCGCAUUGGCAUGGUCAUGGACAUUGCUCGCACGUCCAUGAUUCACGCACGUGCGCCCCAUUUUCUGUGGCCCUACGCGGUUCGCUACGCCGCACACCAGCUGAACCUCCAGCCGCGUGUCUCGCGGCCCGAGGCUUCACCGACCAGUCUUUGGACUGGUUCCCCUGGUGUUGGGUCGGCCUUUCGAGUCUGGGGCUGCCUUGCGCAAGUCCGCGACACCUCUGCGGCCAAGCUCUCGGCACGCGCCAUCGACUGUGUCUUCCUUGGGUUCCCGGUCGGCUCUGCUGACUGGACCUUUUACCACCCUCCCCUCCACCAAUUCCUAGACUCCCGUGACGUCCGGUUUGACGAGUCCGUGUCCUACUACACCCGGUAG